AUUUAUCUUACUUCUGUGUAGUGAAGGAUUUGUUUCAGACCAUAAGGAUGACAUUGAAUAUGUUCAAUUUGUUGAUAAUUUCCAGUGUUUUGAUUUUGGCAGUGACGUGUCAAAGGGAAAGGUUAUUGGCAGCUCUGAAGAGUACAUCUAUACAGAGUAUUUUACCUGAUAAUAACAACGACACUACUCGAAUUAAUAUAGGACUUAGCCUUAUCAAUAUCUUAGAUUUUGACUAUGACCGCCAGGAAAUAGAAUUGAGAGUUUGGUUGGAGCUUAGAUGGACCGAAAAAAGAAUGCAAUGGGAUAAAAAAGAAUAUGGUGGCAUUGAUUCUGUAAGACUAAGUACUGAUUUCCUACCAACACCAGACUUGAAGCUGUACAAUGGUGACAUGAAGAUAGAAGAUGAUGUACUAAUAGUAGUUAAUUCAGAUGGUUCCAUUUACUAUAUACCACCAGUUCAUAUUACAGCUCAAUGUCCCCAGAAACGACAGCAUCCAGACCAAAUCACCUGCCACCUCAAAUUUGGCUCGUGGACUUAUAAUUGUCACCAACUUCAACUGAAGAGCGACCAGAAAGCAGCUGAUGUGAGCGAAUUUCAAAAAGGUUGGCGUUGGAAUUUAAUAAAUACAACGACCAAAGUUGAAAGUAUGCAUUAUGAAUGCUGCCCUGAACCUUACUGUAACCUGAAAUUUACUCUCAAAGUUGCAGAUAAAGGCCGAAGUAGGGGCUGGUUUUAAAUUUUUACAUGAAAAAACCGCAAAAUUUGGAUGGGCUAUUGUGCCCCUUCGCCUAAUGAUUUGAAGAAAAACCUCUGCAUUUUUU